CCGUUGCCUGGCAAUCCCAGUCUUGGCCCAAUGUGACUACCUGUAAGGAUGCAGUAGUCGACGUGCAAGAUUGUGUCGACUCGUGUACUCUUGAUUGCGGCCGACCAUCUUCUACCUCCCUUGCUUUCUCUGCGUGACCAUGGCGGAUGCAGAGGCGCUUCCUUUGAAAAAGGGACUCGCUGCCCUUCAGACCGCGCUUCCAUUCGUUGUAGGCUGCGGCUCGGGCAUGGUGGCCACAGCAUGCGUGCAGCCCAUUGACACGAUCAAGGUCCGGAUGCAGCUCGUCGACAGGAGCCUGCUCCGGGUCACGACCUGGAGCAUCGCCCGCGACAUGAUGGCUGAAGGCGGCGUCUUGAAGCUGUAUCAGGGCCUCUCCGCCGCAAUCCUGCGCUCGCUCGUGUACGGAACAAUGAGGCUGGGUCUGUUUUCGACCUUCGAGAAGGAAUUGGCGAGGAGAGCCCGCGAGAGAGGCACGACCUUGUCCUUUGGCGAACGGUCGCUCGCUGGCGUCGGAGCUGGCGCACUGGCAGCGCUGGUUGGCAACCCGACUGAGGUCAUCCUGAUCCGAAUGCAGGCCGACGGACUCAAGCCCUUGAGCCAGCAGGCGAGGUACUCAUCCGCCUUUGACGCCCUGCGACGCAUUGCGAGCGGCGAGGGCGUCCUCGCGCUCUGGAAAGGCGCAGGCCCGACCCUCAUCCGCGCCAUGUCCAUCAACUUCGGCCAGCUCACUUCCUUCUCGGAGGCUAAGAAUCAGCUGCAGGAGCACACCAGCCUGUCGCCCCCGGUGCGCACGGCGCUGGCCGCUGGCAUCGCUGGCUGCUUGGGCGCCCUCAUUAGCCAGCCUUUCGACUUCGUCAAGACUCGUCUGCAGAACCAGGCCAAACCCUUUGCCGCCGUCGGACCUGGCUCCGGGGAGCUCCUGUACAAGGGCACCUUCGACUGCCUUCUCAAGGUCGUGCGCAAGGAGGGCUUUUCCAGGCUGUAUCGGGACAUCCUGCCCUACUUCAUGAGAAUCGGUCCCCAUUCAAUCAUCGCGUUGUUUCUCACGGAUACAAUCAUCCGCAGGAUUGAGACCAGAAGCUUGUCUACCUAAAGGGAUACACUCUAAGGGUAGAUCAGGUUGCCUUACUAUUGGCACCAGAUACUGGGUUCUACACGAAUGGCUUCUCGCUCGAGCAAUUAUUGCUUUGAUGGUAAAUCAGAAUUCGCCAAGUCUUAGAAAUAGGGUUAGAAAUUGGUCUCAAUACAACCAAGU